GGCACCUUUUGAUGCAAAAAAUCAGAAGUGGGAAGAAUACUGUGAGGUAUUGGAACAGUUUUUUGAGGCUAAUGAAAUUGAAAAUGGAGACAGACAAAGAGCCAUAUUAAUAAGUGUUGUGGGAUCAUCAACAUACAGCCUUAUGAAAAACCUCCUCAGUCCGGAUAAGCCCAAGGAUAAGACUUACACACAACUUGUGGAGCUGCUAAAAAAUCACUUUGACCCAAAGCCUAGUGAAAUUGUGCAAAGGUACAAGUUUGACUCCCGCAACCGUGAGCCCAAUGAGUCAGUAAUGGAAUACGUGGCUGAGCUGCGUCGGUUAGCGCAGGAUUGCAACUAUGGUAACACUUUGCAGCAGAGGUUGAGAGACAGGAUCGUCUGUGGAAUAAGUGAAGAUCGGAUUCAGAGACGACUCUUAUCAGAAGCGGAUUUAACAUUUGAAAAAGCAUUAUCAAUUGCUGUGGCGUCAGAGACUGCAAAUAAAAAUGCACAGGAGAUACAAAGCCAAGGGGCCACAGCUAAAUGCUUCAAAAUGGAUAAAAAGCCACAGGAGGCUUAUGCACACAGAGAACCUACCAAAGAGUGUUACAGAUGCAAGGGAACCAAGCAUGAAGCAGCAGACUGUAAGUUUAAACAAGAGACAUGUCAUGCAUGUGGUAAAAUAGGACACAUUGCCAGAGCUUGUCGUAGUAGAUCUACACAGAAUGGAAACAGCAACAAAAAUGCAGACCCAAAGAGAGAAAGGAGGCAAACCACAUAUCACCGUUCUCAUAAAGUACAAGAGCAACGGAGCCAAAGUGAUAGCUCAGAAGAAGAUACAUUCUUACUGAAUAAGAUGAGGUUCAGAUUGGGACGCAUGAGUGAAGUGCACCUGAGACGAGUAGACCCAUACAUGGUUGAAGUGAAGCUGGAUAGUAAGUUUGUUAACUUUGAGAUAGACACUGGCUGUAGUCUCACAAUAAUGAAUGAACAGACAUUUCAAAGACUAUGGAAAGACACAAAAAGUCCAUGUUUGAGACCAACCAAAAUCCACAUCGAGUCUUAUACAGGUGACCCUGUUAAUGUGGUCGGAGCUGCCCUUGUUAAAGUGAAAUACAGACAUCAAAGGCGGUACUUGCCCCUCAUUGUGGUUAAAGGGGACGGCCCCAGCCUGCUGGGAAGAGGCUGGCUGGAGGAAAUACAUCUGAGUUGGAAAAAAAUCAAGCUCAGACACAAAUCCCAAGUCCUGAAACACCUGAAGACAGAGGACAAAUCGCUGCAGCAAGUACUGAGCAAACAUGAAAAUGUCUUCAAAGAGGAGCUUGGCACACUGAAAGGUAUGAAAGCCACCAUCCAUGUAAAGGCUGAUGCAGUCCCUCGUUUCUUCCGUCCGAGGUCUGUCCCGUACGCCAUGCGCACCAAAGUAGAUGAAGAAAUAGACAGAUUGUUGAAAGAAGGAGUAAUCUCACCUGUUAAACAUGCAGAAUGGGCAGCACCAGUGGUUCCAAUACUGAAGCCUGUUGGGACAGUAAGGCUAUGUGGAGACUACAAGCUCACUGUAAAUACAGUUUCCUCACUUGAACAAUACCCCAUACCCCGAAUGGAAGACCUGUUUGCAGCACUGACAGGAGGAAAACAGUUCACAAAGUUGGACAUGAGUCAUGCAUACCAGCAAAUACUCAUGGAUGAUGAAUCAAAGAAAUACUUAACAGUGAAUACGCACAGAGGCUUAUUCACAUACAACAGACUGCCUUUUGGAGUAGCAUCAGCCCCAGCUAUAUUUCAGAGGACAAUGGAAGGUCUCCUGCGAGGCAUUCCUUUUGUGGCAGUGUAUUUAGAUGACAUCCUGGUGAGCGGUGUGGAUGAGGAAGACCAUCUGCAGAACCUCGAGACAGUGUUGGCAAAGCUGGAGGAGGCAGGAUUGCGUCUGAGAAGGAGCAAGUGCACUUUCCUGGAAGAGGAAGUGGAAUAUCUGGGACAUCGAGUGGACGCACAGGGACUUCACCCUGUGGAAAAGAAAGUCAAAGCCAUCAUGGAGGCUCCCAACCCCACAAAUGUUACUGAACUCAAGUCGUACUUAGGUUUGCUAAAUUACUAUAACACAUUUCUGCCAAACUUAGCUACACUAUUGGCACCACUGCAUGAGCUCCUGCGACAAGAUGUGCGAUGGCAAAAGAAACAGGAAGAGGCUUUUAAAAAAUCAAAGGCCCUGUUAAACUCAGCAGAAGUGUUGGUGCAUUACUCUGCUGACCGAGAGUUAAUUAUGUCAUGUGAUGCGUCACCUUACGGGGUGGGCGCUGUUUUAUCACACGUAAUGGACGAUGGAACUGAACGUCCUUUGGGGUUCAUGUCGCGUACCCUAGCGCCUGCUGAAAAGAAUUACUCACAGCUAGACAAAGAAGGCUUAGCAGUUAUAUUUGGAAUCAAGAAAUUCCACAAGUACUUGUAUGGUCGAACUUUCACCAUCUAUACAGAUCACAAGCCACUGAUCUCUCUCUUCAACGAAAAGAAACCCAUUCCACAGAUGGGUUACCCUAGAGUUCAGAGAUGGGCAGUGCACCUGAGUGCCUAUGAGUAUCACAUUGUGUACAAACCAGGAAAGAACAACGCUAAUGCGGACGCAUUAAGCAGACUGCCGCUGUCGGAAGAUGUGCGAGAGAGUGAGACCGCAGAACAAGUGCUCAUGAUUGAUCUUCUGGAUGACACACUCGUGGACACAGCCAAAAUAAAACACUGGACAGCUAAGGAUGUAAUAUUGUCUCAAGUUCAUGGUUAUGUCCUGUCGGGAUGGCCUUCAGUGACUGAGGCUCCUCUCAAGCCGUAUCAUCAGAGGAGAGAAGAACUGAAUGUGAGGGAUGGCUGCGUGCUCUGGGGAGCCAGAGUCAUCGUACCAAACAAAGGCAGGGAAAAGAUAAUGAAAGUACUGCACCAAACACAUUCCGGCAUGUCAAAGAUGAAAGGUCUGGCUAGAUCUUAUGUAUGGUGGCUGAGGAUGGACCAGGAUGUAGAAAAGGAAGUGCAGUCUUGUGAGGAGUGCCAAAAGCACCACAAGUCACCACCAUCAGCACCAUUACAUCCCUGGGAGUGGCCGGAGUCUCGCUGGACGAGAAUUCAUGUGGACUAUGCAGGCCCUUUCCUGGGAGAGAUGUUUCUACUGAUAGUGGAUGCUCACUCAAAAUGGAUGGAUAUUUAUCCAGUGAAGUCAGCUACAUCACAGGUGACCAUUGAAAAGCUGCGUCAGAGUUUCAGUGUUUUUGGACUGCCAAAAAUGUUGGUGUCAGACAACGGAACCUGUUUCACAAGUGCUGAAUUUGAGACUUUCAUGAAACAAAAUGGCAUCCGCCAUGUGAGGUCAGCACCAUUUCACCCGUCUUCUAAUGGGCUGGCAGAGAGGGCGGUCCAAACCUUCAAAGGGGGGAUGAAAAAGAUGAAAGUGUGGUUUUUCUUGUACUAA